AUCAGUCGAGCCUCCGUGCACGACGCAUUCGCCUUGAUCUCCGAUCCCUACCUUCAUUAGGAGAGAGAGGAGAGGAGAGGAGAGGGGCAGGGAGAUGGAGAGAGCGGCCCCCGUGAGGAGCUCCCACACCUCGACGGCUGGCCUGCUCGCGUGGCCUCACCCCGAUGGCGCCGGGUCGCUGCCAGCACGCCGGCCUAACCAGCCGACGGAGGAAUUCAGGAAUGUGGUGUUUGGGGGGCAGCUCACGGAGGGGGCCGACGGCCUCAACAAGACGAAGAGGAAGACGGGCUCCUCGCCCAAGGGGAAGGAGACAACAGGGACCGGGAUAUCCAAGGCCGAGAGCGCCGUCGCAACUGCCUCCCGUGAUCGUCAGGCUAGCCAGAUCACCUUUUCCCAGGACGGGACCGUUCCUACCAGGAAGGCAACCUCAGUGGCUGGGGUGGCAAGGCAGCGUGAGCUUAGCCAUACCGUCGAGAGUGAGGGGGACAGUAAGAUGAAGAGGCAGGUGUCCAGUACGAAAUCCAAGGAGCUCAGUGGUCACGACAUCUUUGCCGAUCACGAAGAUCCCAAGCCCAACAGGUCAAGGAGAUCAGACUAUGGCAGCUCUGCUGCUCAGUCACCAGUGAAAAAUGCAAAUGUGAGCUCCUUCUCGUUUGGAGAGGCCGACAUUGACAGCACAGUGAAAACAGCAAAGAAGAAAGGGUCCAGCAACUUGUCUACUGAUCUGAACGGCAAGACCAUGCCCAAGAAGGAUUCAGCGUCUGCAGAGAAACAGCCUCCGAACCGUGCGAGGCCGAAAGGAAUGAGUGGCAGCAGCAAUUUUGCAGACGGGAAGGCCUCAACCUCAACAACCGGAGAUCAUGAAGGCCGUCGUACCCGGCAGCCUCCUGGCGGCGACAGCAGCAUUUUGCUGGGCUAGCGUGCAUAUGAAUCUUGCCCUAUGCCGCCGCCGCACGGGUGGUUGGUCCGUCAGUCUGUGGUCUUGUUUUCGUGGUCAGGCCAUGUGUCCCAUCUCCGGUCCUUCAGAUGAUCUGGUUCGCAUCUGUCUUGUGUAUGGUUUUGAUAUGUGUUGGUUGUGACAUGCCCCAUGGAACAACCCUAUCGCUAUGCUGUUUUGUUGUGUACAAUGGAUGACGUGUGCUGCCGUUUUGUUGUGUGUACAAUGGAUAUGUCUGGUUGUUGAAUAAGAAGAAAUUGGUAUAUGGUACCAAUA